AUGCGUGCAGCCGAAGAGGGUUCUUCCUUUGCUUCAGUAUCAGGUGAUCCUUCGCCUGCUUUUGCAAUUCUACAACAGGCGGUGCCUGUUGUGAACAGUCCACGUGGUGAGUCACCACGUGCGACAGCUACAUCUGCUGCGUCUGCAGCGGGUGCUGCGACUCGCAAUAAAGAUGAGCCUGCAAUAGAGCUCAGCUAUUCUAGCAAAUCGGAUGAUGCAUCCGACUCGAAGGCGGCGUCUCCCGCCUCCGGAUCUCCCGGGGCGGACACUGCCAGAGCCAGGAUUACCGGCUCUGGAGAACAUGGGGCUAUUAUGUCCACGAUCGUCGGACCGAGCGAUUUUCUGACGAAUCCUCGUCUCACGCGAGUCCAUCUGACACUUGAACGUGUGUUGAUGAUGGUGAUGCACCUAUGCGCCACCGCAAGAAAAGAAACUCGAGGGAUCGAGCUGCUACUGGUGUCAGUGCUCGUGCUGACACCAAUCAAGAGGCUAGGGACCGCAAUGUCCUGCGCCAUGCUCCCCAAGUGGAGUCUCCUUGGAUGA